AUGUUGCAGAUUAAAGGAGGUUAUACAGAUCUGGAUGCAAAUCUUGCGCUUUUGCGCUUUUAUCAGUAUAAUCCUGCAACCGCGAACUCAGAAGUUGUCUGCAAGAUUCUUGUCAAAGCACUGAUGCAGAUGCCAGCAACUGAUUUCAUGCUGUGCAUGUAUCUGGUCCCUGGUGCGGUCAAGGAACAGAAGAUCGAGGUGCUGAAGCAGCUGUCUGAUAAGCUCGAAACUUGCCAGUUCAAGGAGUACUGGGCUGACAUGGCUGAUGAGAAAAAUGCGAGUGUCGCGAAUGGUAUUCCCGGAUUCCAUGAAGCUAUCAGGCAAUAUAUUGUUGGAGUGAUCUCGGCAACCUAUCAAGUGAUCGCAAGAGAUGAGCUCGAAAUCUUGAUCAACCUGAAGGGUGCUCAGCUUGAUCAGCUGCUCGAAGAGAAGAAAUGGGUCGCGAAGGGGAGCGAUGUACAGAUUCCAGUCAAUGAAUUUAAUGAGGCCUCUGUCAAGUUCAAGCAAGAUGGUAUCAGCUUCGAUCAGCUUGCGCCAAUCAUCGUAAGCACUGCUGGAUUGUAA